AUGGGUAAACGGAAUCGAUCAAGUUUAUUGCCAAACAACCUUCCCCAACUUCAAAAUUUGAUAAAACGAGAUUCGCUUUCGUACAGGGAAGAUUUUUUACAACAAUAUAGAUACUUUGAGUCACAAUUAACCAUUUUUCAACUGAAACCGGAUGAAGAGGCCGAAGAAUUUGGUAAUUUAAUUACCUUUAUCUCACAGGUAGCCCAAUGCUAUCCAAAGGAGACCAGCAACUUUCCUCAGCAAGUGAUAAAUUUACUUUCCGAACAUCAUCAAAUAUUACAUCCUAAUCUUCGAAAGACCAUGGUACAAGGCCUCAUAUUACUUCGCAACAAAGACAUAAUACCAAGCAUCACAUUAUUAUCCUUAUUCUACACAUUGUUCCGAGUGCGCGACAAACAACUUCGUGAAUUGAUCUACUCGCAUAUAAUCACCGAUAUAAAAAACUCUAAUGCCAAACACAAAAACAACAAGCUUAAUAAGACCUUACAAGGUUUCAUGUACACCAUCCUUCAGACCACGAAUAAUAAUUCAGCUGAAAAUGCAGUGGCCGCAAAGAAAAGUUUAGAUGCUUGUAUUGAAUUGUAUAGAAAAGGAGUAUGGAACGAUGCUAAAACUGUUAAUGUUAUAGCGGAAGCAUGCUUCCAUUCUGUAACAAAGAUAAAGGUUUCGGCCAUUCAAUUUUUCUUGGGAACCAAUAAAGAAAAUCAGGAUGAUGAUAGUGAUGACGAGGUUUGGGCAAAUCUCCCCGACAUAAAAAGAUUACAGCAUAUAAAUCAUAUAAACAAAAGAAAAAAAUCUAAACUGAGAAAAUUAGAAAAAGCGAUGACGACGAUCAAGAAAAAGGAUAGGAAAAAAAGCAAAGCCGAAAGUUUCAAUUUUUCAGCCCUGCAUUUGCUAAACGAUCCUCAAGGUUUCUCCGAAAAACUAUUUUCUUCACUCCAAAAAUCCACCAACACGGAUCGUUUCGAAGUAAAAUUGAUGACCAUGAACCUCAUCUCGCGAAUAAUUGGUGUCCAUAAACUGAUAUUGCUAAGUUUCUACACCUACCUAAUUCGUUAUUUGCAACCACAUCAACGUGAGGUGACUAUGAUACUGGUCAUAUUAGCUCAGGCCUGUCAUGAAUUGGUACCUCCGGAUGUGUUGGAGCCAGUGGUGAAAGCUAUUGCAAAUAACUUUGUCACCGAGCAUUGUGCUGGGGAGGUGAUGGCCGCAGGAUUAAAUGCCAUAAGGGAAAUCUGCGUUCGUCAACCACUGGCCAUUGAUACCACCCUGUUACAAGAUCUGACUGAAUAUCGGUCGGACAGAGAUAAGAGUGUUAUGAUGGCCGCAAGGUCUUUGAUCGGAUUGUUUAGAGAGAUUAAUCCGGAAUUGUUAAAGAAGAAAGACAGAGGUAAAACUACAAGUAUGAAUAUGAAGGACUUUAAACCGUUGAAAUUUGGUCAAUUGCGUGUCACUGAAAAAAUCGAGGGAAUAGAAUUAUUGGAAGAAUAUAGAAGAAAUAAUGUGCAAAAAGAUGAAUGGGGAGGAUGGGAGGUAGCUUCAAAUUCCUCAUCCGAUGAUAGCGAAGGUUGGAUUGAUAUUUCUUCGGAUGACGAUCAAGAUAUUGUUAUUAGCGAUUAUAGUAGUGACGAUGAAAAAAAGGUUGAUCAAAAAGUCAGCGAACAAAAUGCUUUAUCAUCCGAAAACUCUACGAAAGUUGACGAAGAAAAGGCUUCGACAUUGGCUACAACUGAAAUUCUCACCCCAGCGGAUUUUGCCAAGUUAAACGAACUUAGAAUGGAACAUGAAGCCCAGCGGAUGGUUGAUGGCGGUAAACGCAAGAGGAAUAUUAUUCAGCAGGAGCCCUCUGAUAUUGUUAAUGUUGAUGAAAUCAUUGGUCCACGCAAGAAAGCAAAACAAGAUUACGAAGAGCGCAUGGAAUCUGUAAAGGCCGGUAGAGAAGGCCGUGAGAAAUACGGUGGUCCCAAAAAAGGAAAGAAGUUUGAGGGCGCAAGUACUACCAACAAAGAAAAAGCCAGGAAUAAGGCUUUCAUGAUGGUGGUACACAAGAAGAACGUAUUGCAUAAAAAGAAAAUGAGUCUAAGAGAUAAACAGAAUCAAUUGACAAGAAGUGGUGGCAACAAAAAGAUUUCGAAAAAAUAA